GUCACUGCUAGCGACUUCCUUGCGCAAGCUGAGAGCAACACCAACCUUACACACUCCUUUGUCUGGAUUUGCCGUUUGCGCUCUGCUGUGGCAACGAACUGCUUUUUUCACGAAUCUCGUUUCUUCUACAAUAAUUCAACAUGGCUGACCGAUUCCCCUCGCUCGAGGACUUCGAUUCCGGAGCGCAAACCGAUAUCAAGGAAGUUUCCGACGAGCCCUCUGCUGAAGACUUUCUCGCCAGAGAAAAGGCACUUCUAGGAGAUGAUGCGAACCAGUUCACGACAAGUGAUGACGCAAACGCAUUAGCCGAUGUUGGUGGAGAUCUCCUGGGAGAGAGCAACGCCGCGCAAUCGACCUUUGAGUCCCAAUUUCCAGACCUGGCCAAUCCAGCUGCUGGCUUAGCGGGUGUGGAUGGAAACAUCAUGACCGGCCCGUCCGUCAGCUACAACUCGGGUUUCCAGUCAUAUGCUGUCGAUGAGGAGGAGCCAGAAGUCAUCAAGCAGUGGCGAGAGGCUCGCGACGCGCAGAUUGCGAAGAGAUCCGAGCAGUUCGCCGCUCAACGAGAGGAGACCAUACAAGAAGCUCAACGCAAUAUCGAUGACUUUUAUGAUAACUACAAUUCCAAGAAAGAAAAGGGCAUUGCGCAGACACGAAAAGAAGCGGAGGAAUUCCUUGCGAACAGGGAGGACACCGUUUCUGGCGGCACCAGCUGGGACCGCAUUGCAAAGCUCGUGGAUGUCAGCGGAAAGGGGGCCAAGGGCGGAGCCGCCGGAUCUGGCAAAGAGCGUUUCCGUGAAAUGCUGGUGAGCCUUCGCAAGGACGAGAAGGCUCCUGGCGCAACUGGCUACUAAUAUCAGGUGGACCGAGGUUACAACCAAUAUAGUGGCAUUUUGGUGCCUGGGCAACGAAGGGCCGGAAUUCUGACAUGCGGUACAUUUGAUUUGCAUUUUUUUUUCUACCACGAAAGAAUCGGAGUGGCACAAUGGAUUAAUGGCUUCGCAUAAUUGAACAAGGAAAAGAAAAACAUGAAUAAAGACAAGCUAGACGAACUCGACCAGGAACAAGGUGAUCCAAGGCAGCGGACAUGUGAGAGACGGACUGACAAAUCCUAUAUUUACUGUCUAUAAG